AACAUUUGGUUGCCUGCCAGAAAUCUCGCCCACUGAAGGCAUCCUUGGUGGUACUAUAAGCCAUAAAAAGUUGCACCCACGUUUGUCUGACAUCUGCCCACUCAAGAAUCCAUGAUGCUGGGUCCUGAGGGAGGUGAAGGCUUUGUGGUCAAGCUCCGUGGCCUGCCCUGGUCCUGCUCUAUUGAGGACGUGCAGAACUUCCUCUCUGACUGCACGAUUCAUGAUGGGGCCGCAGGGGUUCACUUCAUCUACACUAGAGAAGGCAGGCAGAGUGGUGAGGCAUUCGUUGAACUCGAAUCGGAAGAUGAUGUAAAAAUGGCCCUGAAAAAAGACAGGGAAAGCAUGGGGCACCGAUACAUUGAGGUGUUUAAGUCUCACAGAACCGAGAUGGAUUGGGUGUUGAAGCACAGCGGUCCAAACAGCGCUGACACCGCUAAUGAUGGCUUCGUGCGGCUUCGUGGACUCCCAUUUGGAUGCACAAAGGAAGAAAUUGUUCAGUUUUUCUCAGGGUUGGAGAUCGUGCCAAACGGGAUCACAUUGCCUGUGGACCCCGAGGGCAAGAUCACAGGGGAGGCCUUUGUGCAGUUUGCCUCCCAGGAGCUAGCCGAGAAGGCACUAGGGAAGCACAAGGAGAGAAUAGGGCACCGCUACAUCGAGGUGUUCAAGAGCAGUCAGGAGGAAGUGAGGUCCUAUUCAGAUCCUCCCCUCAAGUUCAUGUCUGUUCAGCGGCCAGGGCCCUAUGACCGGCCUGGUACUGCCCGCAGGUAUAUUGGCAUUGUAAAGCAGGCAGGCUUGGAGAGGAUGCGGCCUGGCGCCUACAGCGCCGGCUAUGGGGGCUAUGAGGAGUACAGUGGCCUCAGCGAUGGCUACGGCUUUACCACUGAUCUGUUUGGCCGAGACCUCAGCUACUGUCUCUCAGGAAUGUAUGACCACAGAUACGGAGAUAGCGAGUUCGCCGUCCAGAGCACCACCGGCCAUUGCGUCCACAUGAGAGGGCUGCCCUACAAAGCGACCGAGAACGACAUCUACAAUUUCUUCUCUCCUCUCAACCCGGUGAGAGUCCACAUCGAGAUUGGCCCGGAUGGAAGAGUGACGGGUGAAGCUGACGUGGAGUUUGCCACCCACGAAGAAGCCGUGGCAGCUAUGUCGAAGGAUAGGGCCAACAUGCAGCACAGAUACAUAGAACUGUUCCUGAAUUCAACGACGGGGGCCAGCAACGGGGCGUACAGCAGCCAGGUGAUGCAGGGCAUGGGGGUGUCUGCAGCCCAGGCCACCUACAGUGGCCUCGAGAGCCAGUCUGUGAGUGGCUGCUACGGCGCUGGCUACAGCGGGCAGAACAGCAUGGGUGGCUAUGACUAGUUUUGUAGAGAGAAUUUGAGUUAUUUCAAUCAAAUUUUCACAGGCAGCCAAGAAAAAAGCAGUAAAGAGCAGUUAUUACCCUAGAGGAAGCUGUGGGACCCAUUUUGCACCAUGAGUUUGUGAAAUCUGGAUUAAAAAAUUACCUCUUCAGUGUUUUCUCAUGCAAACUUUUCUUCUAGCAUGUGAUAUUGAGUAAACUAAAACUAUUUUCCGCUUUUCUCGAUUAACAUUUUAGUAGUAUCCAGAGUGAUGUUAUCUGAGUUAAAGUAGUUUAAGUCUGUUAAAUUGUGGAUCUUCUACACCACACCACAGUGAACACAUUGGGGAGACGUACUUUUUUGGAAAACUCAAAGGUGCUAGAUCCCUGAUUCAAAGAGAAACAUUUCUCAUGUUUGUUCAUUCUAGUUUAUAUUUUCAUUUAAAAUCUUUUAGGUUAAGUUUAAGCUUUUUAAAAGUUAGUUUUGAGAAUUGAGACACAAUACUAAUACUGUAGGAAUUGGUGAGGCCUUGACUUAAAACUUUCUUUGUACUGUGAUUUCCUUUGGGGUGUAUUUUGCUAAGUGAAACUUGUUAAAUUUUUUGUUAACUAAAUUUUUUUCUUAAAAUAAAGACUUUUUCACAAUGA